UCAUAUAAACGUAAUAAUCUGUAUCAAAAUAACACACGUGGUUUGGUGGAAAAAAAAGAAGUAAAAAGAGAAAAGAAAAUAAAAAGAAAGAGUGAGCGUGAGAAAAGGGGGAGUAAAAGGGAGAAAAAGAGAGUUGAAGUUGAAUUUUUGUACCUGCAGGCGCCACUUCCUUCUUAUUCGAUUCUUCAUUGGUCACUCUUGACUUCCGUUGGCCUCGUAAUCCGUGUUUGUAGCACUGAACUUCCUCUCUUCCGGUUUGAAUAUAUCUCGUGUGUCCAAGUCCUCUCUUGCGAUGAACUCGUUUUAUUCGAUUCUCCUUCUACUUUAAUUAACAAAUUAAUGAACUUGACUUUUUUUUGUCAGACUGAAAAAACUUGAUUUCAACAAAUAAAAGUCAUCGUAUAUUAUUGUAAAAAUAUACACAAGUCCCGUUAUACUUGUAUGCUAAUGAUUCAUUAAAGACGACACGGCUAAUUACGAGCUAUUCAUUCUCGUAAAUUACCAUGAUCGAUCGGUCGAUCAAUUACAAAAAAAAAAAAAAACACAAAAAGAAUUAAAACAGGUAAAUUGAAGACUCUGUUAAAAAAUGAAAAAAAAAAAAAUAUUACCUUUAGACAUCAAUUUUCCUAUACUUUUAUCUGUUUUUCUGCUUUCAUUUGUAGCCUCUCUUGUGUACAUCAACAUAUAUCUACAUGGAGUUGUUACGUGUCGCUAUUGUAUUAGAAGACAAUAGAAUUUAAAAAUCUUUAUGUAUUUCUUUGCUCCUUUUUGUUUUCUUUCAUUAACCUGAAAGAAGAUAUUUAAAAUUGAAAAUAUUUUAAAAGUAUCUUUCGUAUUCUCAUAAGAUAAAGUUGAUGAUGAUAUUCAAUUCAGUAAUUAGCAGCAAUUUAAUUAUCAGUGAAUACAAGAAAGAAUAAAGAUUAAAUGGUUAUGAUAAUUACAGCGAAAAAGAGGAGGGAAGUAAAAAAGAGUAUAAAUCAUUAAUGAUGAGGAUUGAUAAAUGAAUAAAUCUGGUAUGUAUAUAUAUAUAGUAUGGUAUAAUGAAAAUGUUUUGUUGAUUCUCGUAGUAUUAUUGAGUAUGUUAUGAAUGAACGCGCUCUGUCAGUAGAAGCGGAUGUCGGUCGCGGCAUGGCCACAAAGAGCCGUGCACGAGAAGAGAGACAGGUGCGGGAUUGCGCAUGUGCAUGAAUCGUCGAGAGGGUAUUCAUUCAUAAAACUACUGGCAUAGCAGUAGGAGAACGUCGUGAACGUUGCCGCUUGAGAUGUCCCCUCUCUACUUCUUUUAAACACAUUUCUCCUCUCCCUUCCUGAGUGUCUCUCCCUUUCCUCUUGCUUCUUUCUGAGAUGGUUAACUUGGACGUUCAAGCACUUUAGUUGUAUUUUAGUUUGCUUCACGCGCGGCCACAAUUCAUCAUAUCAUCAUUUCUAUUGCUAAAAUUUGAAAAAGGAGAAAAAAAGAAAUAUUACAAAAAUUACCCCGUUAUUAAAUCCCCGACUAUUUGACGUAUUUUCAGUAAAUUCACGACGAAAAACAGAUACACUGAGUGGCCUUCGUCACAGCUUCUUAAAGAACAUCUGACCAUUUACUGCGACUGCGCUCCGCGUGUAUCCAGGAUCACAUUGUGAACGUGAAAAGUGGCUAAAUUAUACACCGGAAGUUCACUGGGGACAUAUAAACAUACCUCCUUGUACACAUUUAAGGGUCUACAACAUUUCACCGAUUGGUUUGUUGACACAAUGACCCUAUUAGCCUGUGAUUUCCGGCUGUUUUGGAGUUUUUAAGUGUAGAGUGAAGUGUCGAGAUUUUCAAUCGUGUGUUUUAGUUGAAGACAUUGUUUCCCUAUCUCCCUCCCUCUUCCCCACUUAACAAAGUGCAAUGUUAUGGUGGGGAAGUAUAAGAGGAGAAGGUGGAGCUUGACAUUCGUAUUUUCGUCGUUUGCUUACUGAAGUCAUUGCGCAAGCAGCGGCAGGUACACACGGAAAUAGAAUUCACUGAUUUUAUGAAUAAAUAGCAAACACAUGUUUUAGAAAUCACUCAAACUCAACAUAUAUUUUAUUUAUUUAUUUAUCAAAAUUUGGAUUAUAUUAAACACCGAAUGUUAUGAAUAUGCUGCUCCUCUCUUUGUUAAAAUGGGAUAAAUAAUUAUGAAUAUUCUUCAAAUGCAACAAUUGAUUUGUUCUGUUUUUAUUUAUCAUAUAAUUAUCUAAUUAUAUUUAAAUAAAUGCCAAGACAAUACUGACGAUAUUUAUUUGAAUUUCGAGACAAUUUAAAGACAUUUUUAUAAUAUAUAAACUGUUGUGGAAAAUUCGAAUUAGUGUUGGAGAAAAAAGAAUAAGACUGAUGUAUGUCGACUACGGAGGUGACGCGCAACACGUCGGAAUGGGAAUCAAGGCCAUGAAAUCCUUCAAUAGGCCACGAGAUAUUCCGGCGCAAGUGCCACCAUUAACGCCUGGCACAAACAAAAAGAUGACAGAGGCUCUAAAAGCCUCUUUUGCAUCGUGGGAAAAGGAACAAGUUCGUUUAAAUAUAACCAAAGACCCAAGACAAUGGUCAGAUACUGCAGUAGCACAUUGGCUUGACUGGGCAAUUAGAGAAUUUUCCCUGGAAGGAUUAGCAAAGCAACCCUGGCAACAUAUGACUGGAAAACAAAUCUGUGCGAUGGGGAAAGAGUCUUUUCUUGCGCGUGCUCCAGCUUUCAUGGGAGAUAUCCUUUGGGAGCAUUUGGAACUUCUACAAAAAGAAGAUGAAGUGGAGAAGGCAUCACUGGAGAAUAUGCCUGCAAAUUUAUACGAAAGCGUUUGUGUGCCCGAUCUAGGGGUGCUUUUGAGCUACGAAGGGGCAAACAAUUCCGUAUCAACUCCCGCAGAUCAUAAAAGUCCAUCAACACCAGCAAGCUCAACAACAUCAGCACCAAGAAAUGGUCCACCUUCACAGUCACAACAGCAACAACAGCAACAGCCACUUCAACCACCAAUUAGUGUUCCACCUAUUCCAAGGUCUUAUCAUAAUGACGGUGGAUACAAUCAUUUACGAAGUCCAGUGUGUCAAGAUGAAAAUCAACGGGACGAAAACUCAUCACCAACUCACAAUCAUAACACACAAACUACCAAUUCUCAUUCUACAACUCCUAGUGGCAAUCACAGUAAUAAUAACAAUAAUAAUAACAACAACAAUAACAAUAAUAAUAAUAACAAUAAUGCUAAUAAUGCAUACAUACACUUAAGAAAUUUGAAUCAGCUCAAAGCGGAAGCUAAUUAUGGAAAUCAUCAUAUACCAGAACAUUUAUCAAGUGCAGGAGGGGCUAGUGAACUUGGAAACAAUGAAAAUGAUUUACGAGUUAACAAUAAUCCUCCUUCUGAUAGUUACAUGACACCUGCUCACUAUUCUGGCUAUGAUGAACCAUCAGAGUACCAUAAUUUACCGACAGAUCAUCCAAAUUCGCAUCCAUACAAUCUAGAUAAUUUACCUGAAUUUUAUAGCGCAAGUGGAAUUCAAUUAGAACCAAAAUAUCAACCACCACCUUUCAAAAAUUAUCCUCGUGGUCGAUACCAUGAAGGAUAUAGUGAAAAUUAUGGUCAAUAUGACACAACACCUUUUCAAACGGUUCCGGGUAGUGGAAACACUGGAGCUGGUGCAGGUAGUGCUGUAGGCAAUGAGCAAUGGGCUGUAGGAGCACUUGGAGAACAUCUUUCACAUCAUCCUGCAUUUCUUGGAGGACUUGGGCCUCGUGAUUCAUCGAAUCCUCAUCAUCCUGCUAAUAUGGGAAAUAAUCCUGAUCAGAAACCAUUGUUGCAAAGUGCAAUGCUUGCAGGAUACACUGGUGGUGGUCCAUGCUUUACUGGAUCCGGACCAAUACAAUUGUGGCAAUUUUUAUUAGAAUUACUCACGGAUAAAUCGUGCCAAGGAUUUAUUUCGUGGACCGGUGAUGGAUGGGAAUUCAAAUUAACUGACCCUGAUGAAGUAGCACGUCGUUGGGGUAUUCGAAAAAAUAAACCCAAAAUGAAUUAUGAAAAACUAAGCCGUGGAUUACGUUAUUAUUAUGAUAAAAAUAUCAUCCACAAAACCGCUGGAAAGAGAUACGUUUAUCGCUUCGUCUGUGACUUGCAAAGUCUUUUAGGUCAAAUAAAUCAAUCGUUAUGUUCCAGAUAUAGUCCGGAAGAAUUACAUGCAAUGGUGGAUUUAAAGCCUGAAAAAAAGGAAGAAGACUGAGCUUUUUCGUCCAAAAAUUUUAUUUUUGCUGUCGUGAUAAACAAACGUAACAAUUGUUAAUUAAUUAAAAUGAAUUAAUUAAUGUAGUUGAACAAAUUUGUUUGUUUCAUUGAUCAGAUGAAAGUGAAUUUUCAUCAAAUAAUUGCGAAGGCAAUCAUUUUUAUUAACUAUCAAUAGAUAAGAGGUAAAUUUUUUCAUAAAGCAAAUUAUUGGCAGUGAAUAAGUAUAAUGAAGAUAAAUAUAUAAAGUAUCCGUGUAAAGAAUGAUAAAUUGGAAAUUUUAUAAUUGUAUUAUUAUAUUUUAUGAAGACGAUUAUGCAUCUUUAUAAUUUUGAAUAUUGUUAAUUAAUAUUUUUUACAUAAUAAAUCGUCUUCCUAUUUUUUAACUUGGUCUUCGUUAAUAAUAUUUCACGGUAAUAAAGGAAAAAAUCGGUCGUUCGUACCAAAGAGACAGGGUCCGUUAUACCAUUGGUGCCUAAAAAGAAAAAAAAUAAAGAAGAUAAAUUUUUUUUCUAUAAAUAAAUAGGUAAUAAAGAUAAAA